AUGGCUGUAACUAAUUCAACAAUUGAACGACAGAAUCAGCGAGGUAAGGAAAUUUUAUUUUUAUGCAAAGAAAUCAUGACCAAUCCAAACAUGUCAGGAAUUCAAGAAGUAACUUUGAUAUCGGAACAGAUGAACAAGAUGAUGAUGAACACCCACGAUGAUGAACAAACAUUAGAACAAAUCAAAGGAGGUAUUACCAAACAAAUGGAAAGAUUUUAUAUCUGCUCGCCUUGGAAAGAAUCAAAGGUUAAUUUGAGUAAUAAUUAG